AAUGCGGCGUCGGGCAUGCGCAGUCUUUACUAGCACCAGCUUUGUUGGGUUGCUAUCCGCUACUGCUAACUAGUAAGUAUUUCCUGCCUCUGAGCGGACACAGCCAUGGACAUCGACGCUUUAUUGGAAGCUAUUCAAGGUAGUAUUCACACUUAUUUCAACGGGUAAUUCAUUACGAGGUUGGGGUUUUAAAAUUCGUUGUCGUGCUGCCCUGAAAAAACCGGCGAUGUUUGCUAAGUACGUUGCGUACUGUACCGUAACUUAGCUUACUGAAACCAUUAACUAGCGCGUUGUCGAGGAGCUUGGGAACUAACUAAUGUAGUCCUCGCUUGACCUAGCGAGUUCUUUUCGUUUUUCACUGUGAAUAAGUUGAGUGAAUAUUACAAUUAAAUCCACAAUGGGGUGUAUUUUCGUCGGUAGAGGUUAUGUAAACAGCUAGCCGUGUAGCGUCACAAUGAGCAUGCUAACCGCUAACUUCUACUAAAACUUUCCAGUUAUCUCCACGCGCCGUUUGUCACGUUUUUUUACGUAUCAGGUUCCAACAUUUUUAAAGAAUAACUUAGGUUACAUAUCACUCUUCUGCUGCUUUAAUAUUCUUUGCUAUUUUGAAGAGUAAAAUAAGGUCAAAUCAACUUUAAUGUCAAAGUUUGAGCCCAGAAGUGCUUCCAGUUUACAUGAACCUCAUUAACAAUGAACUAAUUUGUCUAAUUUCACUUUUUUGUUAAAUACUUUUUAAUGUUUCUUCACAGAUUAUGAGAAGAAAGGCAAGAAGGAGACUUGUCCUGUUCUGGAGCAAUUCUUGUGCCAUGUUGCCAAGACAGGACAGCCAAUGUAAGUGGUCCAGGAAGGUUCACAAUCCUCACAUAAUGCGAUUCAACCUGAGCCAAGUCCUUGUCUUCCUGAUCUCAAUGCCAGCCUUAUCACAGCCUAAGUAUUCAGAUACACAUGUGUGAUGAGAGCGUGCAUUUUCAAUGUCUUUUCAGGAUACCGUGGUCUCAGUUUAAAGCAUACUUCAUGUUCAAGUUGGAAAAGGUCAUGGAUGAUUUCCAUGCCUCAACACCAGAACAAAGGGGACCCCAUAAUCCCAACGUGGAGUAUGUUCCUUUUGAAGACAUGAAGAAGAGGAUCAUGAAGAUAGUGGAUGGUUACAAUGGGUGAGAGGACCUGACAACACUCAACUUAGACGACCGCCAACACAUCCUCCCUAUUGACAAAUGCCUCUCUGUAGCUUUGCCUCUUUGUAUAAGUAUCUUGAACUUCAUCUAUAGAUUUUUCACCCAAAGAAACCACAAGUUGAAAUAGAUUCAAAAGUAUGCUUAAUCAGAAAUGUCAUUUGAUGCCACCUUUUUUUUUUUUUCAGAAUCCCGUUCACCAUCCAGCGUCUAUGUGAACUUCUGACGGACCCCAAACGCAACUAUACAGGAACAGACAAGUUUCUCAUGGGUUUAGAGAAGGUAAGCUCUGGGCUUAUUUUAAGUUUAAUGAUCAUUCUUCCAAUGGCUCAAGAUUAAUUGUAAUUUUGUCAUUUACAGAAUGUGAUGGUGGUCAGCUGCGUUCAUCCCACCUCAGAGUAAGUACACCUGCUGUUGAGCCUUUGCCGCCCUUGCUCCACUGGCGGCAUAUGACACUUACGUGGAUGCAUAUAUAGCAGGGCCUGACCGAUAUGGAUUUUUUGGGGAAGUGAAACCAAAUCUUAUUCUUUGCAUUUUAUUUCUGAAAAUAUCGCCAAAAAUCGGCGAGUUUUGGCCGAUUACUGAUUCGUCUCAAACGGGCUAAAAUUGGCCGAUUUAAUCGACUUGCAGAUUAAUCGGUCGGGCCCUGAUAUAUAGAGCCGUCUUGGGUUUGUUUAUUCAGUCUCAGACAGUUAAAUUUUAUCACCAUAUUAAUUACUUUGUACUUCCUUUUGAAGGAAAAAUGGGGCAUCCAGUGUUAACAGAAUGAAUGGAGUGAUGUUUCCUGGUAACUCUUCUCUAUACUCAGACAGGUGGGAAAUUCUGUGAUUUCUGUAAACUUUACACAGCCUCGUACAGCAAUACAUAUAAAAUAUGAACUAGUUUAGCAUCAAAAAUCAAGGCUACGGUGUAGGUAGCUAUGUUUUUCCAGAUCUGCUGAGUUUCUGUCUUGUGGUGUGAUUUUUCUUCUUUUUUUUUUCUUAAAGAACUGGUUGUGCCGAUUUUUGCAGUAGGAACAUAAAUGGACCAGGCACACCAAAACCGCACAACAGACCAAAGCUGUCAUUGUCUACUUCACUUUCAACCAACGGGCUCCCGGAAUGUCCGGUUGGUAAAGAGCCAGAGCCAUCAGCAGAGGAGGUAGAAGAACAGCAUGUCAGGUAACGAAAACAAGUAUCGCAUGUAGCUAAAAGGUUUUUGUUAAAAGGCGAGGGAGCGAUAUCUUGUUACCCCCCCAAGAGAGACCCUCCAUUCAUGGAAAUCUAUAAGAAGAACGAGUAUGAGCUCCUAUAAUCCAUUGUGUGUGAUCUGUUGUGCUUAUUCCUUGUGUUUCUAUCAUAACUUUAGUGAUUCUUCGCUGUCUGAGGGCGACAUUUCACCAAACACUGGCAUUAAGAACAAACACUCUGACGAGGAAGAGGAGGAAAACUCCGAUACGGACAAGCAUGAGGUCAAGAGGCUCAAGUUUGAUGAAAAGGAAGAGGAUGAGGCAGAAGGUGGGGAGAAGGACUCAUCCUGUUGUAAAGGGUCAGACAGCUCACCAGAGACAACAGAGUCCUCUAAAGACUCUAGUGGUCAGGAGAAUGAAAGUGGAGCGUCUGGUGGUGCACCUACCAUUUCUAAGGAUCAUGGUAAGGCUUCGCUUGGCUUUCCUUUGACUGAUAUAUUCCAUUUAAGUAUUUAAGCAGUUCGAAAUUACAAGGGUCUGAGACUAGGUCAAGUUCUGAAAAUAAGAGAAAAGCUAAAGUGUUGUCAAGAAGCUUAAAUAGGUUUGUUUUUAAUACUGAUCUUAAUUUAUUGAAAUCGAAUGCUUAAACGGCGCCACACUCCUCAGCUGGCUCAAUACGUUUGAGCUAAUUAGGUUGUAAGCUUUGACAUCUCACAGCAUCUAAAGGCCAAAAUGUUUGGACGAGAGCACAGCUUGUCCACGCUUGCCAAAAUCCUGCCGUCAUAGCCACCUCCUGGCCGCGCCUCGCUGCUUUUUUGAUCUCAUUCCAAGGAGUAGUAUGCCAUGUCACAAAGCAGAUGAUUGUACAGCGCGGGUUAGUGUGCACACUUUCUCUCAGAGGUUGUAUGGCAGUCGCUGUGACCCCAAAAGCGACAGUGAUAGUUGAAGGAGACAAUUUAACAGCGGCCAUCCUGCCUGAGUUUGAGAUACAGCGAGAAAACGGGGAUAGCGCUUAUCUGAAGCUGACUGUUGCCCUUUUACUUAAUAGGCUGCAAUUUGGCGGUGAUUAACUGUAUCACUGCAUCGGAUGAAAUUGAAAUGAGUGAAAUGAAAAUAAUGCGCUUUAAUUAGUACAGCUCUUUACGGAGGCCACGCAGUGACCCGUGUUUAAUUUAACCUAAUGCCUUUUUAGCUCAAGGACUUCUCUGAUCUUUAAAUGCAUCAUAACCACACCAGCGUAGCAUCAUAAUUUCAUAGUGUUGUUACUACUGUUAAUGCUGCUAUUUAUGAAUUAAGCCUGUAAACAUAAACAGAUUUGAAUGCAGUUUAUUGGACUGUUAACAGCUGUAAAGAUAAGUCAACCAAUAUGUAAGAGAAAGAAAUACCAAAAACACGCAAAAGUACAGAAAUUUGAAGACAUCACUUUAGGCUUUGGGAAUGAUUCACAAAUGUUUUAUGUGAAAUUAGCGACAUUAAAGGUCCUUACACACCAGGGCCGAUGUGAAUAUAGAACGCAAAAUUAUGAAAUAUUCGGAGGCGAAUUUUGAUGCGCCUGACUAUACACAUCAAGCCUGAUGCGAUUUUGAAAAAAGUCCCGCCUCCCUGCCUCUGAUUGGCUAGAAAAGCUGGAAACGUCAUCACACGCUCAAGCCAAACGGUCAGCACUUAUAGCCAAUCAGAGGCAAUAAGAUCAGCACAUGAAACUAUGGUAACAACCGUUAGCUUAUGUUAGCACAGAUGAAAGUUAAAACAAAGGCGUGUAGCAAACUGUUAAAGCACACAAACCAUCGUCACAUGAGAAAUCUGACGCUAUGACUCUGUUCUCUGACACCUAAACAAUCAGCCGGUCGGCCAUGUUGGAUAGACCGGUGAAUCUGACGCCGCAACAACACAAAAUCUGAUUGGUCAAAAGUGGACACACAUUAUGCGAAACUUUAGAAAAAUCAACUGUGAUCCGAAAAAAUAAAUGCUGCAAUAUCGCAGAACGGGAAAACGUCGCUUAUGUGAAGGCUUGUAUUGACAAGAUACAAGUUCGAAAAAAAAAUAUUUACGUCCGAAAUAAUCGCAUGACAAAAACGGUCCCGGUGUGAAAGGACCUUUUAACCUGAAUAAAAAGUAACCUGCGUUUCAUAUUGUCCAAUUUUGUCCUCAGAGUCCAGCAGCACAGACACCGAACCUCCCGAAGGAGAUGACGACCCAUCCGACAAAGGCGAUGCUCACAGUCUGGAGAAGGACGGCGGCAGCCCGGAUCAACCGAAGCAGCCGUCUUCAUCGGAGAAGAGCGAAAAGUUUGACGGAGACGGCAGCAGCAGCAGUGACGGAGAGGGAGCAUCCAGCGCCAAGCAGGUCCCUUCCUCUGAUGACUCCCCCGACUCGUCAACAGAGGGCAGCGCUGAGGAUUCAAACAGCACAAAGACUGCAACAGAGCCUGGAGAACAUGACUAACAUGUAGCCCAGCCUGCUAGCUGACUUUUUUACACUGUAUCAUACCACACCAAGGGUAUAUCUGUAGCACUGUGGACCUCUAGACUCCAGCACCAGGAGAGAUGUGGACGGCAAGGUUCCUCUCAGACGGAUCUUUUGUCCUCUUCUGUUUCAACCGUGAGGCUACACAUCCCCUGGUCUUUAUACUGGAAGGAAAUGAUUUAAACGAGAUUUCACAGACUCUGUUUUUUUCACUGUUGACUAAAAGUUUUUCUAAUCUAAUUUCUAAUUUUCUAAUUUCACAGUCUACUCAUUUCGGCAUGCAUUUCCAAAAAGAUAGAUUUGAAAGUUUGAGUUGGAUUUUGGCCUAAGAGCAGUUGAUUAUUUCUGAUGAAUGUGUCUCUCCAGUUGAAUGAUAAACACGCUGUUAGCUUUUUCUGUAAAGCACAUACCAUAAAAUGUAUUUCUUAUUAACAUGACAUUGCACAUAUUCGCAUAGACCCCCUUUGAAGGAUAUGAAAAAUGCUACAGGUAUGAGUUGUUACUGUACUGAGCUGAUAUUAAAACACAUAAAUUGCCAGUAGUUACAGGUUUUGUUAGAUAGUAGUUUUGGCUUAAGAGAUCCUUUCUGCUUCAGAAUCUGUCAACAGAACACAAGGUACCUUUUCCACUUUCUGUAUGUCAUACCUUUGUUGUACAAUUGUCCCUUUUGAUAGCUUGGAUUUAUACAGUAUGUAUCUGUAAAUCAGUUUUUGUAGACUUGUAAUACUUGUCCACUGCCUUCGUAGAUCAGUUCGCUGGAAAUUGAAUGCUUGAGGUUGUAUCAUAGUAUUCAUGGAAAGCAAUAAAUGCUAAAACUCUAAAGUGC